UAGAUUUUGAAUUCAAACCUGACGGGUUCCAGUUGUCCGGUUGUGUUGAUCUAAGUAUUCGGGGAUAUGGUUGAACGCAUGAAUCCUAGUGGACAUAUAGUUGUUAUUCGUAGGGACGGUACUGAUGGCUUGACUUGCGAUUGGUGUUCACCUUUGUGUGAUAUUGGAAGUAACCCGUCUUGUGACAUUCGUGUGAAACAUUCAACAGUUGCUCCAUUUCAUUGUACACUGCAAUUGAUGAGAAAUGGAUUGGUUCAGGCUGUCAGCAGGGCUGACGGACAAUACAAAAUGUUAGUUAAUGAUUCCCCGUUGAAAGAUGCUUGCGUUUUGUCUGACAAUAGUGUACUAACUGUCGGAGAUCGUCAGUUUCGCUUCUUCUAUCCAUCGAUUCAAAAGGCUAUGACGGAUGACCUUUUAUGCGAAAUGUCCAGCAAACAACCAAGCUCCCCCAAAAACGAAGAGGCUUUUACUCCAAAUUCUCUACCCAUCGUUCAUCCAUCUAAACGUAGCACUUCUAAAAAGAUAUUGUCUAAUCGUGCCAUCCGCCCUCCUCGACAAAGAUCUACGACUCCGAAAAGAACUCUAGGGACUAGUGAACGUUAUGGUCCAGUUCCUCCUCGUCAACCAUCCACCCCACCAGUAAUUCAAGUACUUCGACACGAACUUAAUUCAUCACAGUCGAAGCACUUACCUCUUUUUCAAGCGGGAAAUGACGAAUGUCGUAAACAAAAUUUGGAUAAUCGUAUGGCUGAUAGCUUUACUGAUAUAAAUGUUUCCAAACCGAAUAAUCACCAAAAGUCACUAGUGAUUUCUGAUUUUACAAAUUCAACAUCCCAUACCUCGAGUGGUAUUUUGUCAUCUGUGAAAUCGAGGCCACACAACCACAUUGAAACUCCUGUUAUUACGUCUACAUUAACUAAUGACCGCUUAAGCUUAACACCAAAUGAAAAUAGACGUUCACCUGGCUUUCGAAAGAGUUUCCAUAAGCUACUCAUUCUAAAUGCAUCUAACAAAUCCAACCUUUACAAAGUUGAUCAAUGUUAUGAUGAAUCAGAUUGUGAAAUGCGACGGAAAAUUGGAGGCAAAAAGUCAUCUAAUGGACAAGUGAAUGAAUCUUUUUACGAUAACCAUACUAACAAUCCAACAGAAAAAGAUCCCAAUGGAUGUGUUCCAGAUUUGGUUGUGUCACCGAAUUCCGUAAAAGUUGCGAAAAAAUCCUUGUCGAUAAAUUCAUUGGAGGGAAUCAGCUCAGCAUACUCACCAGAAACCGAAAAAGAAUUCAAUUACCAUAGUAGUAAACGUAUAAUAUCCGAGAAAACCUAUCCAGCUGCUGAGGAUAUGAUUGCUCCUAUACGUCGGAGAGGGGUUUCGUUUGGGCCACCCUUAAGCCCUGAACAGUUUCAUAAAUCUCUUCCACCAUCUACUCCAGUUAAGCGAGGAGAAACUCCGCUGACUAAACUAAGUCAUAGUACCCCUGCGAAUCAAAGUUUCCAGGUAACUCCAGUUGUUGGGCGCUCAGCUACACCGUUUGCUUCCAAAGCUCGAUUGUCACAAGUAACACAAUUAUCGGCCUUCUUCGAAACGACACCUCAAUCUCCAAACUAUAAUUUAACUAACAAUCGAGUUUCUGCGGUCAUCUCACUCCCUCCAACACCAGACACUAAUCUUCUCAAUUCCUUGAGUACUGAUACAACUUAUGCUCCUGCAAGUUUUACUACUUGUCCCGUGACUUCUGCAGCUUAUUCUGCUCCAAUAAAAACGUAUCCAGCAAACCGAAAAAAUCUGAAAAGACAUUCGCUAGGGUUUCCAGUGAAAAUAAGCAAAACGCUGUCACCUAAAGUCCCCCCAACUAGUCCUGCUACUACCAAUCGUAAUGAAGGAAAUCCGAAAAAAGAUUGCAGCGAAAAAUAUCACAACGAAUUACCAGACAGCUUUGAUCAGUCGAAAAGUGAUUUAGAAAAAACAAAUUUUAGUCUUCCCCAUCUCAUAACAAGCAAAACAAAACGAAAUAACAAUCCCAGUCGGUCAAAAUCACUGCCACCAACCGAAUUCGCGAAAAAAGAAUCAGCCAAUCCUAAGGAGAGUUUGUUGUCUCCAACGAAGAAUGCUGGUUUGACAGGAGUAAAGAGGUUGAUGAGAACGCCGAAGUCUGUGCGAACUCCGCGUGUAUCCGGUGUCAGUGAGUUGUUUGUUGAAGAGGAGAGUGUGAAGAGACGUCGUGGUCGACCUUCAUCAGUGCCACCGACGGACUUGGCGGAGGAGGAACCGGUGACUCCUGAGCAGAGUUCGUUGUCUCCAACGAAGAAUGCUGGUUUGACAGGAGUUAAGAGGUUGAUGAGAACGCCGAAGUCUGUGCGAACUCCGCGUGUAUCCGGUGUCAGUGAGCUGUUUGCUGAAGAGGAGAGUGUGAAGAGACGUCGUGGUCGACCUUCAUCAGUGCCACCGACGGACUUGGCGGAGGAGGAACCGGUGACUCCUGAGCAGAGUUCGUUGUCUCCAACGAAGAAUGCUGGUUUGACAGGAGUAAAGAGGUUGAUGAGAACGCCGAAGUCUGUGCGAACUCCGCGUGUAUCCGGUGUCAGCGCGUUGUUUGUUGAAGAGGAGAGUGUGAAGAGACGUCGUGGUCGACCUUCAUCAGUGCCACCGACGGACUUGGCGGAGGAGGAACCGGUGACUCCUGAGCAGAGUUCGUUGUCUCCAACGAAGAAUGCUGGUUUGACAGGAGUUAAGAGGUUGAUGAGAACGCCGAAGUCUGUGCGAACUCCGCGUGUAUCCGGUGUCAGUGAGCUGUUUGCUGAAGAGGAGAGUGUGAAGAGACGUCGUGGUCGACCUUCAUCAGUGCCACCGACGAACGUGGCGGAGGAGGAACCGGUGACUCCUGAGCAGAGUUUGUUGUCUUCAACGAAGAAUGCUGGUUUGACAGGAGUAAAGAGGUUGAUGAGAACGCCGAAGUCUGUGCGAACUCCGCGUGUAUCCGGUGUCAGUGAGUUGUUUGUUGAAGAGGAGAGUGUGAAGAGACGUCGUGGUCGACCUUCAUCAGUGCCACCGACGGACUUGGCGGAGGAGGAACCGGUGACUCCUGAGCAGAGUUUGUUGUCUCCAACGAAGAAUGCUGGUUUGACAGGAGUUAAGAGGUUGAUGAGAACGCCGAAGUCUGUGCGAACUCCGCGUGUAUCCGGUGUCAGUGAGCUGUUUGUUGAAGAGGAGAGUGUGAAGAGACGUCGUGGUCGACCUUCAUCAGUGCCACCGACGAACUUGGCGGAGGAGGAACCGGUGACUCCUGAGCAGAGUUCGUUGUCUCCAACGAAGAAUGCUGGUUUGACAGGAGUUAAGAGGUUGAUGAGAACGCCGAAGUCUGUGCGAACUCCGCGUGUAUCCGGUGUCAGUGAGUUGUUUGCUGAAGAGGAGAGUGUGAAGAGACGUCGUGGUCGACCUUCAUCAGUGCCACCGACGAACUUGGCGGAGGAGGAACCGGUGACUCCUGAGCAGAGUUCGUUGUCUCCAACGAAGAAUGCUGGUUUGACAGGAGUAAAGAGGUUGAUGAGAACGCCGAAGUCUGUGCGAACUCCGCGUGUAUCCGGUGUCAGUGAGUUGUUUGUUGAAGAGGAGAGUGUGAAGAGACGUCGUGGUCGACCUUCAUCAGUGCCACCGACGGACUUGGCGGAGGAGGAACCGGUGACUCCUGAGCAGAGUUCGUUGUCUCCAACGAAGAAUGCUGGUUUGACAGGAGUAAAGAGGUUGAUGAGAACGCCGAAGUCUGUGCGAACUCCGCGUGUAUCCGGUGUCAGUGAGUUGUUUGUUGAAGAGGAGAGUGUGAAGAGACGUCGUGGUCGACCUUCAUCAGUGCCACCGACGAACUUGGCGGAGGAGGAACCGGUGACUCCUGAGCAGAGUUCGUUGUCUCCAACGAAGAAUGCUGGUUUGACAGGAGUUAAGAGGUUGAUGAGAACGCCGAAGUCUGUGCGAACUCCGCGUGUAUCCGGUGUCAGUGAGUUGUUUGUUGAAGAGGAGAGUGUGAAGAGACGUCGUGGUCGACCUUCAUCAGUGCCACCGACGGACUUGGCGGAGGAGGAACCGGUGACUCCUGAGCAGAGUUCGUUGUCUCCAACGAAGAAUGCUGGUUUGACAGGAGUUAAGAGGUUGAUGAGAACGCCGAAGUCUGUGCGAACUCCGCGUGUAUCCGGUGUCAGUGAGUUGUUUGUUGAAGAGGAGGGUGUGAAGGGACGUCGUGGUCGACCUUCACCAGUGGCUCCGACGGACUUGGCGGAGGAGGAAACGGUGACUCCUGAGCAGAGUUCGUUGUCUCCAACGAAGAAUGCUGGUUUGACAGGAGUAAAGAGGUUGAUGAGAACGCCGAAGUCUGUGCGAACUCCGCGUGUAUCCGGUGUCAGUGAGUUGUUUGUUGAAGAGGAGAGUGUGAAGAGACGUCGUGGUCGACCUUCAUCAGUGCCACCGACGGACUUGGCGGAGGAGGAACCGGUGACUCCUGAGCAGAGUUCGUUGUCUCCAACGAAGAAUGCUGGUUUGACAGGAGUAAAGAGGUUGAUGAGAACGCCGAAGUCUGUGCGAACUCCGCGUGUAUCCGGUGUCAGUGAGUUGUUUGUUGAAGAGGAGAGUGUGAAGAGACGUCGUGGUCGACCUUCAUCAGUGCCACCGACGGACUUGGCGGAGGAGGAACCGGUGACUCCUGAGCAGAGUUCGUUGUCUCCAACGAAGAAUGCUGGUUUGACAGGAGUUAAGAGGUUGAUGAGAACGCCGAAGUCUGUGCGAACUCCGCGUGUAUCCGGUGUCAGUGAGUUGUUUGUUGAAGAGGAGAGUGUGAAGAGACGUCGUGGUCGACCUUCAUCAGUGCCACCGACGAACUUGGCGGAGGAGGAACCGGUGACUCCUGAGCAGAGUUUGUUGUCUCCAACGAAGAAUGCUGGUUUGACAGGAGUUAAGAGGUUGAUGAGAACGCCGAAGUCUGUGCGAACUCCGCGUGUAUCCGGUGUCAGUGAGUUGUUUGUUGAAGAGGAGAGUGUGAAGAGACGUCGUGGUCGACCUUCAUCAGUGCCACCGACGGACUUGGCGGAGGAGGAACCGGUGACUCCUGAGCAGAGUUUGUUGUCUCCAACGAAGAAUGCUGGUUUGACAGGAGUUAAGAGGUUGAUGAGAACGCCGAAGUCUGUGCGAACUCCGCGUGUAUCCGGUGUCAGUGAGUUGUUUGUUGAAGAGGAGAGUGUGAAGAGACGUCGUGGUCGACCUUCAUCAGUGCCACCGACGAACUUGGCGGAGGAGGAACCGGUGACUCCUGAGCAGAGUUUGUUGUCUUCAACGAAGAAUGCUGGUUUGACAGGAGUUAAGAGGUUGAUGAGAACGCCGAAGUCUGUGCGAACUCCGCGUGUAUCCGGUGUCAGUGAGCUGUUUGCUGAAGAGGAGAGUGUGAAGAGACGUCGUGGUCGACCUUCAUCAGUGCCACCGACGGACUUGGCGGAGGAGGAACCGGUGACUCCUGAGCAGAGUUCGUUGUCUCCAACGAAGAAUGCUGGUUUGACAGGAGUUAAGAGGUUGAUGAGAACGCCGAAGUCUGUGCGAACUCCGCGUGUAUCCGGUGUCAGUGAGUUGUUUGUUGAAGAGGAGAGUGUGAAGAGACGUCGUGGUCGACCUUCAUCAGUGCCACCGACGAACUUGGCGGAGGAGGAACCGGUGACUCCUGAGCAGAGUUUGUUGUCUCCAACGAAGAAUGCUGGUUUGACAGGAGUUAAGAGGUUGAUGAGAACGCCGAAGUCUGUGCGAACUCCGCGUGUAUCCGGUGUCAGUGAGUUGUUUGUUGAAGAGGAGAGUGUGAAGAGACGUCGUGGUCGACCUUCAUCAGUGCCAUCGACGAACUUGGCGGAGGAGGAACCGGUGACUCCUGAGCUGAGUUCGUUGUCUUCAACGAAGAAUGCUGUUGUGACUGGUGUUAGGAUGUUGCGGAGAAAUCGGCGCGCUCUACAGUCUGUUAACUAUUUUGAUGGUCAAAAGACUACUAAGACAAAUAAUUUGUCUACGAAAACGACUGUUUCCUCUUCUGCGAGUGUGGUGGUACCACGUCCUGUCAAGUCUCCUCGCCGCCGUACUGGGAAUAAGUCAAAGAAAGAACUUGUGCAUGCAACAAUGGAUGAUAGUCAACAUUCACAAGGUGCAGUGCCGCCUCUGUCGGAGAUUGAUAAUAUCGCUCCCGUAGCAAAGCGUCUUCGUAAUAGAACAGCUCAAUUAAACGUUGCAUGUUUAUCGUCUGGUUGCACGCAACGACCAGUGAAAAUACCUGGUACUUUAGUCAGUGAUUCUAUUGCUAUAGAAGGUUCAGAUAGAAGCGACUUGGUGAAAACAUCUUCUGAGACAGUUGUACCUAAGUCCAAUGUAGAAACUACCAUCAAACAGUCUAAAAGUAGGACAACUACUAGGAAUAGGAAUGUCUCUGAGUAUUCGAAGUGUCCUGAUCCACUACAGGAUCAUUCGCUACAUACAGUAAAGUCUUCGAACAGCUCGACGUCGAAAAGAUCUGCGAAAAGACUCUCUGUAGUUCGUAGAGACUCUUUGAGUAUUCCAAUAGCCAAACGGCUACGGAAUAGAUCUGUUCGAUCGGAUAUUGAUUGUGUAACGAAUGAGCAAACACAAGAUGAAGUGAAAUCUUUACCUGUUAAAAACCGAUCUGGUGAAAAGAAGAAUGUUACGAAAACAAAUAAUCCGCGAAACCGUAAACAAGUAGUGAUUUCGCAAACGAGUCCACUUCCAACUAGUUCAUCUUCAAAAUCUACUCUAAUCGAUCAAUCCAGUGAUGAUGUUUUAUCAAAGACUAAAAUACAUACACGACAUACUAAACGCCCUUCUGUCAUACCUGUUGAUAGUAUAGCUAAAGUUUCACCAAAAAGACGUGCUCUUCGUUCUCAUAAGUUAACAACUACAACUUCAGAAAUAACAAGUCAACCACCGCAAAAAAGUAUAUCAUCUAAGAUUACAAAGAAACCAAAACUAACAAAGACCAAUAAUAAUAAUAAUAGCUCAGUAGCAUCGAAAUCACGUCAAGUCAAACAAUCACCAUCUUUAUACCGUCAAACUCGUUCAAAAACCCAGCAAACCAGCAAUGCAAAGAAGUAACUGCUUUUUUAUUCACCCAUUUGUCCAAUAAUUUGUGUUUCUUAACUAGAAAUCAGCUAUAUAUAUAUAUACAUACAUAUUUAUUACGUGUAUUUUUUAACAAAUCAGUGUUUUUCCCUCUUUAAUGUAAUAUUAUUAUUUAUAAAAGAGCAACAAACAACUACCUUUUUUUUAUUCUAUAAGUACAAUAUUUUCUUCUUCUUCUUCUUAAAUUACUCAAUAGAGAAUAAAUAGUUAAUAUUUUUAUUAUGGUCAACAUUUUCAUCAAUACACCUAACUAUUGAAUACUGAUGUGUUUUUAUUUAAUCGUGAACUUGUUCAUUUUUUUUUUGGUUUUAAAUUAACUCCUACUGCUACUACUACUACUACUGCUACUACUACAUUAUUGUAAUUUAUUUUGUUUAUUUUUACACAUACAUCUAUACAUACAUGUAUUUACUGUCGUCCAUACAAGUUAUACUGUUGAAUAUUGAUGUCUUUGUGUAAUACAACCAUUAUAACCAUUGUUUUUAAAAUAUUGUGAUUCAUGUCAA